AUGACACUGGGCACAGCUCCACAAUUGACAAGACCCGCCGGCUGUCGGGCACAUGUGACCCUGGCUCUCGCGGCCGGUGUCUCACCAGUUGAAACAGGCCUAGAUCUGUUGCGACUAGUGGACGCAGAAACAGCCGGCACCCAGGACAUCCCCAUAAUCCCCAUGCCAGAUGGGUCUGUUUAUGACUUUGUGGUGUCGGACACACAAUCUCCCUCCUCCCCAGAUCACAUUUACUACUACGAAUUCUCCGCCCCACAAACCUGUCGAGUCUUAUUUGGAGCACAUUACUGA